AUGUCCGUAGGCUGGAAGGGGCUGGCGUCUUGGGCGCGCCAGCUCAAAUCACAGCUCAACAUGUGUCAGUUGUGCAUACCUGCUUUGCUCAGCCUGGCAACUGAACGCCAACCACCACCUUGUCAACACAGCCUGUGCUGGUCGGGUCUGGCCAGACGCGACUGGACCGGGUCGCGUCUACCAGAAGAGCGUGAAUGGUUUAAUCUGGUACCAUCCGCCGGCCCGUCAGACGCCCCUCAAAUCAGUCCCUCGGGCCAAUUGAGUCAGAUUUUCUGGCCGACUUGCAGUUGUCGGACGCCAACCGCCGCUUUCGUCCGUCUGAUGCAUCAUUAUUUUAUUGACUCGAAGCGUCGCGACUACCGCAGACAGCCUGAAGGCUUCGAGGGGUCCGGUUGGCAGGCGUCGGAUACAGGGCACCAUGACGGCUGGCCAGACAGUCCGUGGCUCAGGCCGGCCGGCCGGCCGGACGACUGGCUGAUCUGUCGGUCGGCGCCAAGUGGUGAGUACGAGUCCGGCUCGUCUCUGACCGGCUCGAAGGCUCCACCGAAGAGAGGACGACGAGUGCCGGCUCCUGGAACGCUUCCGGCUCCGGACAGGCCACAGGCUCGACUCGGCCACGCAGUCCAACAUCAACUUGGCCGACGCGACGGAAGCGUCCUCUCGGCCCAAUCCGAACCAACAUCCAAAAUGUGUAAAGAUGAUGAGUGA